AUGUUCGGUUGGCUCUGGAUUUUGAUCUGUUUGGGUCUUUCAACAUCGGCUGAACAACGUAGUUUUCGCUUCGUAAUCAAGGAAUUUUACAUCAAGCCUACUGUUCCAGAUGUCAUGGAAAGCGUUAACUGGACUAUGCCCAAUCGUAGCACGAUUAGUAUUGCUUUGAUACUCAAGCGCGAAAUUGAUAAGAUGGAUUUGGAGACAUCCCUAGAUGUGAUCCGAACUGGUAAACAGAUAAUGCGUUUGUAUCAAAUUCGCUUGGAUGCAUGUCAAUUUCUAACAACAAUUCAUAAGAAUCGAAUCUUUAAUCUGUUCGCAAACAGUGUGAAUAAAGGCAGCAAUGGGUACUUGAGGUGCCCUUUAAAGCCUAACUUCAACUAUACGCUUGUCAACUGGUAUAUGGAUGAAAAAUACUUUCCCAACUAUGUGCCUGAAUGUAACUUCAGAGUAUCCACGAAAUUUUACUCCCAUUCAAAAAUGAUUGUGACAUCCCUAAAUCUUGGUAGCGUUGUCUUUAACAAUUAG